GGGUCAAUCGAGUCAAAUUUGUGGUACGUUUACUCACUAUGCCUUUUUAAAAUAGUCUAUACUAUACGGUUUAGGAGAGAAGAAAUUGUAGGAAAUUAUUAUAGAAAUAAGAAACGUGCUAAUGCCACUACAUAUUCAACAAAUCUCAAAUGAAAACAAAUCAUCAGUGAAUUUCCCAGUUGAUGGAUACAUUUAUGGAAAAGAGACGAUACGAACCUCAGUCAAUAAUCAUGAAUAAAACAGUCAAGCACAAUCUAUUUAUCAAAUAUUUCCCUUCAAUGUGUGAAUUUGAAUGCAACAGAUCUAAAAGGAAAUCGAGUAUCAGAAGAAUUCGAAUAGAAAAAUCGCGGAAUCCGAUUUGAAAUGGAUUCGACAGAAGUGAAAUAUAAUCCAAAUCCUAGAGAAAAGGCAAACAUAUUCUCAAUAAUAUUUUUUGGGUUUACACUGCCAACAUUUCGAACCGGUUUGAAAAAAGACAUAGAUGUUGACGAUGUUUACAAUACAUUAUCUAAUGAUAGAAGUGAGCGUUUAGUAGAGAGAUUAGAAAGAAAUUGGAAAGCACAACUCAAUGCGGCAGCUAAAAAUCCUAAAAAAAAACCUAGUCUCUUAAAAGCAGUCGCGAAAACUUUUUGGGUGGAAUAUGCUCUAUUAGGAUUAUUAACUGGAUUUGGGGAUCUUGUACUCAGAACUUUUCAACCAACUAUGUUAGAAGGAGUACUAAAGUACUAUGCUAAUGAAGAAGGAUACACAAAACUUUCUGCAUACUUCUAUGCUGUUGGAAUGAUAUCAUUCACACUUGCAAACUGUCUUGUUAUGUCUCAAUAUAUGGUCAACGCGGGACACGCUGGUAUGAGGGUGAGAGCUUCCGUGUGUGCUUUAUUAUACAGAAAGGCUACAAGAUUGAGUAGAACGGCAUUAGGAGAUACUCCACCAGGGAAAGUAGUGAAUCUUUUAUCCAAUGACGUAUCAAGAUUCAAUUUCGCUUCAAUGAUAAUUCAGCAGUUGUGGAUAGGACCUGUUUCAUCAAUAAUCGUCAUCAUAAUGUUGUACCAGAGAGCUGGACUUCCAGGAAUCGCGGGAAUAAUAUUAAUUUUUAUCAUGUCUCCAUUGCAAGCUUAUUCUGGAAAACUGGCUGCGAGGUAUCGAAAAAUGACAGCCAUGAAAACAGACGAGAGAAUAAGAUUGAUGGAUGAAGUUAUUCUUGGUAUGCAAGUAAUAAAAAUGUACGCAUGGGAAAAACCAUUCGAGAAAGUCAUAGCAAUGGCCAGAAAAGCUGAAAUAAGAAUCAUUCAGAGGAACGCUUAUAUAAGAGCACUCUUCAUGACUUUAGGUAUGGUUACAACAAGAUUGGCACUUUUUUCGACGCUGUUAACAAUUGCUUUGACCGGUGGAGAUAUAACUGCUGCUAAGGUAUUCGUCCUUAUGUCGUAUUUCAACAUGCUGUCACAAACAUUAACUGGAAUCUUCACUCGAGGUUUAACAGAAAUAGCUGAAAUGUUUGUUUCAUUGAAACGUUUACAACAAUUCUUAGCCAAUGAAGAAUAUAAAUAUGAGCAGUUCAAUAAUAUUACGUUAGAAGAAGUGGACAAGACGAAAGCAGCGUUGACUGUUAAUAAUGUAACUGCUAAAUGGAAUGCUUCGAUGAGCGAUAGCACUCUUACUGACAUCAACUUGGAAGUUGGAAGAGGUAAAUUUAUUGGUAUUAUCGGACCAGUGGGGUCUGGAAAAAGUUCUCUUCUUCAAACAUUAUUGGGUGAAUUGGAUAUUGUGCAUGGUGAUAUAAGUGCAAAUGGGAAAUAUUCCUACUGUUCUCAAGAGCCUUGGAUAUUUGCUAAUACGAUUCGUCAAAACAUUGUCUUUGGAGCCGAGUAUAACAAGAAACGUUACAAAGAAGUCAUUCGUGUUUGUGCAUUGGAGAAAGAUUUAGAUGCAUUUCCAAAACGUGAUUUGACCAUAGUAGGGGAUAAAGGGGCUUCUUUAAGUGGUGGUCAAAAAGCUAGAAUUACUCUAGCUAGAGCUGUUUAUAGAGAGAGAGAUAUAUAUUUAUUAGAUGAUCCAUUAUCUGCUGUAGAUAUACAUGUCUCAAAAGUACUUUAUGAGGAUUGCAUAAAUGGUUUUCUGGCCAAUAAAACGAGAAUUUUAGUUACUCAUCAAGUACAUUAUUUGAAAAAUGCUGAUAAGAUCAUCAUACUAAAUAAUGGUAAAAUAGAAAAAGAAGGUACUUUUGAUGAACUAGCUAAUAGUGAUAAUUUGUAUGCGCAGUUACUCACCUCAGAACCUGAAAUAACUGACCCAGAUAAAACAAACCAAAUAGAAUAUGAUCGUCAAGAAUCAAAACAAUCCAGGAAGUUUGGACCUAGACCAGACACUGAAGGAGACAGACCAAAACGAUUCGAAUAUGGUGAUCAAGCAUCAAAACCGUUCAGGAAGUUUGGACCUAGACCAGACACUGAAGGAGACAGACCAAAACGAUUCGAAUAUGGUGAUCAAGCAUCAAAACCGUUCAGGAAGCUUGGACCGAGACCAGACACUGAAGGAGACAGACCAAACCAAAUCGAAUAUGAUCGUCAAGUAUCAAAACAAUCCAGAAAGAGUCGAAAAUCUUCAAUUGUCAGCGUGAUAAGUUCCAAAAGUCUUGUGGAAAGUAUUUUAGAAGAAAGUGAUUCCGAUAGCGAGGAAGAAUAUCAAAUGAAGAGACCUCGAAUGAGAGAUAUGCAAGAAGAAUCAUCCAAAGGCAAAGUCCUAGGAUCCCUUCUACUUCAAUACUUUAGAACUGGUGCCAACUGUAUCAGCGUAGCUUUAAUUUUGAUAUUAUACGUUUCGGUACAAGGUGCUGGAAGCUUGGUAGACUAUUUCAUCAGUUUUUGGACCAAUAUUGAGUACAUUCAAACUUUGAAAAAUCAACAAUUAUUAACAUCAACAACUAGUAUAGAUAUUGCCAAUUCAACCGAAGAUAUUGUUAGCACUACAAUAAUGCCUGCUGCUAGUAACUCCACUGCAAAUAUAAGUGAUCCUGUUCACUUAAGUGAACUUGAAACUAUCAUGGCUAAUUCCUGGUUCGAAUAUCCAGAAUGGAGUACAGAAACAUGUUUGUUCAUUUAUGGUGGUCUAUUGUUGGUUGUGAUAUCGUUAACCUUAGGAAGAUCGUUUUCAUUCUAUACUCUAGCAAUGAGAUGCUCAAAAAAUUUACAUAGGUCAUUAUUCAAAGGAAUUAUAAAUGCAAAGAUGAGAUUUUUUGAAACUAAUCCAAGCGGAAGAAUACUUAACAGAUUUGCUAAUGAUAUUGGUAGUAUCGACGACGUAAUUCCAAGAGUAUUAUUAGAUGGUGGCCAAAUGAUGCUCCAAAUAGUUGGAUCCUUAGUAUUAGUCAGUUCAGCUAACCCAUAUUGCAUCAUUUUAGCAGUAGGUCUUGCUAUUGUAUCAGGACUUUUGAGAAAGGUAUACUUGAAGACUUCAAAAAAUUUGAAGAGAGUUGAAGGAAUGUUGAGAAGUCCCAUAUUCACUCACUUAAAUGCAACUUUACAAGGACUGACAACAAUAAGGGCGCUUAGAGCUGAACCAAUUCUAGAAUCAGAAUUUGACAAGAUUCAGAACUACCAUAUCAGUGCAUGGUUUAUGAAUAUUACAGCUGCACAGGCCUUUGGAUUGAGUUUGAAUUUAUUAUCCAGCUUAUUUAUCACUAUACUUGUCUUCUCUAUUCUCACUUUUGAUGAAGAAUUGGGUUUAAUGGGAGGAACAGUGGGUUUAGCAAUAUCUCAAGCCAAUACACUCACCAAUAUGAUUCAAAUGGCUAUGAGAGUUACAGCUGAUAUUGCCAAUCAGUUGUUAUCUGUAGAAAGAGUAUUGGAAUACGAACGACUACCACCAGAGCCUCAACCGAACAACCCGAAACCUUUGCCAAAGAAUUGGCCAGAUUCCGGAAAAAUUGAAUUUCAUGAAAUGAAAUUCAAAUACUGGGAAACAGGUCCGAUUAUUAUUAAAGAUUUGACAUUGACAAUUAAUGCUGGACAAAAGGUUGGAAUCGUAGGCAGAACUGGUGCCGGUAAAUCAUCUUUGAUAGGAGCUCUUUUCCGAUUGGCCAAUGUAGAAGGUAAAAUUAUCAUUGACGGUGUAGAUACAAAAGAUGUUAACUUGAUGGAUCUUAGAUCAAAGAUUUCCAUUAUACCACAAGACCCAGUUCUAUUUUCUGGUACACUAAGAUAUAAUUUAGACCCCUUCAAUGAUUAUCCUGAUGAAAAAUUAUACAGAGCCUUGCAAGAAGUAGAACUAAAGGAUCCGAAUAAUAUUAUAAACAGAUUGGAGAACAGAGUUAUGGAUCGUGGAUCGAAUUACAGUGUUGGACAAAGACAGCUGAUCUGUUUAGCUAGAGCUAUUAUUAGAAACAAUAAAAUUCUUAUGCUGGACGAAGCGACCGCAAAUGUAGACCCACAAACCGACGCUCUCAUUCAAAAAACAAUACGAACCAAAUUUGAUAAGUGUACAGUAUUGACUGUAGCCCAUAGAUUGAAUACAAUUAUGGAUUCUGACAAAGUACUAGUAAUGGUAAAUGGAAAAGCCGCAGAGUUUGAUCAUCCACAUAUAUUACUCCAAGAUGAAAAUAGUUUAUUCAGUAAGAUGGUAAACGACACAGGAAAAUCAGAGUCUGAAAUGUUGAAAAAGGUGGCUAAAACGAGUUACGACAAUAGUUUAUCAUAGCAAAGUUGAUUUUUAUAAUUGAUAAUAUAUAGAUUAUAUGGCAAACUUAAUAAAUCUUUUUACGAAA